GGCAGGUGGCUCCGGAGCUUAAACAGUUCAUUACGGAGUAUUCCGUACAGUCUAGGGUCUGUGAAAUACCUCCAGCCGGUCUGAAUGGUUGAGGAGAACAGACGAAAGGAAAUGGGUAGGUAGGUAACUACGUCACUGCCGAGCGAAGCCCGGAAACCAGUGGAACGCGGGCUUCUCGUAUGCUUGCUUGCGGGAAGUGGUGCCUUCUCCGCAUCCAUGAUUGGUCUGUUCCCGCAUCCUCCGCAUCGUGCCGGCAAUAGGAGAACGAGUGUUCUCCAACCCCAUUCGAACUCUCGCCAGCGAUUAUUAGUCGUCUGCAACCGCAAGCCAUGAUCGCGAGCAGAGUGUCUACGCUGCGUUUCACGCUUCAGGCAGCCUUCCGCCGGCCUGUCCCGCCGCAGCUGGCCCGCCCCGUCGGUCGGAGAGGCUACGCCUCGCUCCAGGAGCGUGUUGGGCAGUCCAGUGACAGGCCAUGGCAGAUUGCCGCGCUGGCUGUCUCAGUAACGGGGCUCCUCCUCUUGCGCAGGACUGGCUCGCCCAAGGCACACAGCGUCAGUGGCCAUGGUAGUAGCUCUGGCGAGGCCCAUGUGACGCAUUCGGAACCAGCUAGGAAGGAAGCCAAGGUCGAAGCAGAGGCCGAAUCACCCCCGGAGCCCGAGAAUGAGGCAGCUGAGCAGACGGCCGAGGCAGCCGAGUCGGAGGGUGUCACUGACGGCGAUUCUGAGGGCGCGCCUACCCCAUCCAGCUCUGGUUCGGAGCAAGGCGAGUCCAAGGAGAUGGACACCUCUCAGGAGAGCCAAGCUCAGAAGCUCACGGACAAACAAUCCUCUCAGCCGGCCGGUCCUACUCAGAAGUAGAGGGGCCAGAGAAUCUGCGAGUGGGAUUCGCCGUUGUACUAGCCAUUGAUCAAGCGCAGACGCUGUAACCUAUUGUAUGCCGCCAGCUGAGAUCCAGAGCCAAUGCAACCUUUCUUUGACUUGUCGUAUUUUCGCGCUCCAAUGCGUUGCUCGCGGUGCCUGCAUCGUG